CCGCAUCGUCAGGGACAGGGAGGGCAGGGCUGUGUCUUGGGGUGAGGGGCGCCUAGCGGUACUGAGGCGGGUGGGCGUCGCUGGUGGGCAGACCCCUGGGCGGGGCCCAGGCAGGGUUACUGCUGGCGGGGCGUUAGUCCCGCCCCAAGGAGGCGGGAGAGAAGCCAGAGCCUGGCCGCGGGCUGGGCGGUGCUGCAGCUCCCGCCGGCCGGCUUCGUCCAGCUUUGUCCUGCGGCCCCUUUUGCAGGCCGUCCUGGCCGCGCCCAGCCCCCUCCCGCCAUGCCGCCCGCGGGGCCCCGCGGGGCCGCGCCACUUGCUGCCGUCGUCCUGCUGGUGCUUGGGGCUCCUCUGGCGCUGACAAGUGAAGACUGCUUGUGGUAUCUGGACCGGAAUGGCUCCUGGCAUCCAGGAUUCGACUGCGAGUUCUUCACCUUCUGCUGCGGGACCUGCUACCAGCGGUACUGCUGCAGGGACCUGACCUUACUCAUCACCGAAAGACAGCAGAAGCACUGCCUAGCCUUCAGUCCCAAGACCAUAGCAGGCAUCGCUUCUGCUGUCAUCCUCUUUGUUGCUGUGGUUGCCACCACCAUCUGCUGCUUCCUCUGUUCCUGCUGCUACCUAUACCGACGGCGCCAACAACUCCAGAGCCCGUUUGAAGGCCAGGAGAUUCCGAUGACAGGCAUCCCAAUGCAGCCAGUAUACCAAUACCCCCCGGACCCCAAAGCUGCUCCUAUCCCUCCACAGCCUGGUUUCAUGUACCCACCUAGUGGCCCUGCUCCUCAGUACCCUCUCUACCCAGCAGGACCCCCAAUCUACAACCCUGCGGCUCCUCCCCCCUAUAUGCCACCACAGCCCUCUUACCCAGGAGCCUGAAGAAACAGCUGUGUCUUCCAUGAUGCCCUUUUUUGGGAGAUUCCCCAUCCUGUACCUGCAUCCAGCCCUGGGGGUGGGCAUGGGUCUUCUAGUCACCAGGCCCCAGAUCAAGCCAAGCCCUGGGCCCUGCUGGGGACAGAGCCCCAGAGAAAUGGAACGUGAGCUGAGUUGGAACCAGGCCAUGGAUGAGGGGUGGGUAGGGAGGGCUUGGGAUUCGUGGGCUAUUUUUAAUGGGAGACAGGGAGUAAGAUGAGAACCUAGGUCACAGUGUGUGUUUUCAAGUAGUCCCUCUGCUCCCAGGAUCCCAGUCAGAAAGGUGGGGCCGCUCCUACUUGCCCACUUUGGGAUGCAGUGGAGAUAGUGGAGGGCUCUAUCAACAGCUGGCCAUAGCCCUUUCCUCUGGCUGCCCCACUGGCCAGAGCUCAGGCCUCCUGGAUUAAAGCUGUAAUGAUCUAAUGCAUGCUAGUGGAAUCAUUGGCCCCUUCUCUGAGCCAUGCCUUCUGCUCAACCCAGGCUGCUGCCUACUCCAUAUUCCACAGCAGGGGUUGGGGAGCACCAGUGGGACAAGAGCUCCACUAUCAGCUCCAGCCCAGGCGGAACCCCCAAAGAUCCAUAGGCUGUUUUCAAAAGCGAGUGAGGUAGAGUUGUAGCAGCUAGAAAGAGGGUACUGGCCUGCAUUUCAGGGCCAGGACUCUGGGACAUCUGAGGCACCACCAGCUGUAUGAAGGCACCUCCCCAUCCAAAUAUACUUAGAUUCAAGUUUGGCUCUCACCACUGUCUAACCUUGAGCAUGCUUCUGAAUGUCUCCAAACCCCAGUGUCUUCAUCUAUAAAACAGGAGUAAUUCCUGUGAGAAGGGUGAUAUACAAUGGAAUUGAAACUAUGAGUCCGUCCUUCCUUCCUUCCUGAUUGGAGGCACAGGAACGGGAGCCAAGUGCAGAGCUGUGGCUACCCAACAUGCUGGUGUAAGGCGCUUGUGUCAAUUGCUUGAGCCUCAUGGGAUGCUAAGGUGUCAGGUCCUUCAGGCCUAUGCCAGGGUCCAGGGAAGCUAGGUAUAAGGACUGCAAAGACUUCCUAGAAGAGGAGCCCGGCAGUGGCAGUGGCAGUGGCUACACAGAACUGUCUGCCCAUCUUCCCUGGCUCUGCUCCUUGAGGUCAUAGUCUUUGUGCUCUCAAGACAUCUGGUGACAGACACAGGGAAGGGGAUUCUAGAGUUUUGAAGUUUGGCAAUGCUGGGAAUGGGACCCGGGACCUCAGGCAUGACGGCUAUGUGCUCUGCUACUAAAACACACCACUUUUUAAAUGUUUUUUACUUAAUUUUAUUUUAUGUGCAUUUGUAUUUUGCCUGCAUUCAUCUGUGUGAGGGUGUCAGAUCACCUGGAAA